AUGGAGGUUACCCACUUGCUUGAACAGGAUAAUCCUACUUAUAGUGAUAUAACUUCUAACAUGCAGGUAGGCUUGGACGAGCAGGUUAAAAGGCACUUCUGGGAGGAUUUGGAUGAGGUGAUGCAAGGUAUUUUUCACAGCGAGAAGUUAUUCAUAGGAGGUAAUUUUAAUGGUCAUACUGGGGAGACGUAUAGGGUCUACGAUGAUGUGCAUGGCAGGUUCAGUUUUGGAGUUAGAAAUGAGGGUGGUACUUCGUUGCUAGAUUUUGCUAAAUCUUUUAAUCUGGUGGCAGCUAACUCGUGUUUCCAGAAGAGGAAGGAAAAUUUAGUCACAUUUCGGAGUACGGUGCCCAAGACUCAGAUUGAUUACCUUCUCUGCAGGAAGAGUGAUAGAGUCUUAUGCACUCAUUGCACCUAG